AUGUAUCCGUUCGGCGUGCCUGUACCCCUUCCCCAUGUACCCUUUCCUCACGGAUGCGCGCAGAACAUCCUACUGGCGUCGCACCUCUUCGCCGUGGCCUACUUCUUCCUCACUCUCAUGGAGCCCGACCCUGCAAACACCUGGAUCGGUGAAGGAAUCGGCCCGGAGUGGCCCGACCAGUCGGUGUUUCUGCAAUACAUGGCGGCGCUGUGGUGGUCCAUCUUCGUCAUCACCAGCAUCGGCCCCGCGUACACGUCCGUCACCUCAGCCGAGCAGAUCUUCAGCUGCUUCUACGCGCUCUUCGGCAUGGCAACUCACGAGGACAUGGCGGCUCUCAAGGCGUACGUGGCGCGCACCAACCUGCCGGCAGAGGUGGAGCGGCAGCUGAAGCAGCAGCUGCGCGUGCAGCUGCAGAUGCACAAGUCCGACGCCUCCUCCUUCCUCUCCAGCAUCCCCCACCACCUGCGAGUCACCGUCUCCCGCCAGCUCUACCUCCCCAUCGUUGAGAACCUCGACGGAUUCCGCCUCUGCUCCAAGGCCUUCCUCAAGCAGCUGGUGUCAGAGGUGAACGUGGAAAAAGUCAUGCGCAAUGACAUCGUGACAUUGGAGGGCGAUGUGUCAACCCAUCUCUACAUUGUCCUCUCUGGCAAGCUUGUUCGUGAGGACGGCCCUGCAGCAGCCCUUCAGAGCGGGUGCUCCUCCUUCCUGACAACGGAGUCGGUGUUUGGCAAGACAGCGGUGAUGUGUGACGUGCCGCAGCUCUUCACAGUGCGAGCGUUGGAGCACAGCCAGCUGCUGCGCCUCUCCAAGGCCGCCUUCACCACCAUCGCCACAGCCUACCCUGCCGAUUCGGCUCUCCUCUACUCCGCCCUCAAGCAGCACAGCCAGCUGCUGCGCCUCUCCAAGUCUGCCUUCUCCACCAUCGCCACAGCCUACCCUGCCAACUCUGCUCACCUCUACUCCGCCCUCAAGCAGGUAACCGCCCAGACGGGUAACCGCCGAGACUCGCUAGGGUCCCAUAGACUGGAUGUUCUCACGUGCACGCCCUCGGAGAUCGCAGUGUCACAGGGCCUGUCCCGCUCACCGCCCUCAUGGAAGGCCCUCGGCGCCACCCCAAAGGAGCCAGCUCAGGGCAAAGGGUGCUGCUGCCCCGGUGGUGCUGGAGUCGUGUCACAGGGCCUGUCCCUCUCACAGCCGUCAUGGAAGGCCCUCGGCGCCACCCCAAAGGAGGCUGCUCAGGGCAAGGGUGCUGCUGGCCCGGUGGUGCUGGAGUCUGUAGCUGUGGACAGUGGGAACGCCGAGCAGCUGCCAUGGAAGGCCCUCGGCACCACCCCCAAGGAGCCAGCUCAGGGCAAGGCGGCUGCUGGUCCAGUGGUGCUGGAGUCUGUACCCGUGGACAGUGGGAACACUGAGCAGGUUGAAAGUGUGUGCGCCGCUGCUUCUGCUGGCCAUGUGGACCAGUUGAACGAGCUGCUCUCAGCUGCCCCUUCCCUCGCCCACUGCAGUGACUACAAUGGCCGCACCCCCCUGCAUGUGGCAGCCGCCCAUGGCCAUGUCAGCUGCAUCAACGCCAUUCUGCAGCGCAAUGGCGUCGAUGUGAAUGCACUUGAUCGCAAUGGCGCCACCCCUGUCCUCGAGGCAGUGAAGAACGGUCAGAGCAAGGCAGCAGAGGCACUGCAGGCAGCAGGAGCUGCUCUCCUCCUCAAGGACCCGGGGGCCACCCUCUGCCGCCUCGCUGCAUCCGCAGCUACAGAGGCCAGCAGCAGCAAGAGCGGUGGCAGCAACGUGCAGUAUUUGGAGCGGCUCCUGGCGGCAGAAGCAGACGUGAAUGCGCAGGACCAUGCCGGCUGCACUGCUCUGCACGUUGCAUGUGCCAACAGCAGCGUCGCUGUUGCCAAGCUGCUCAUGGCAAAUGGUGCAAACCCCCAUCUGGAGGACAUGAGUGGCAACACUGCAUAUGAUCUCGACAGCUCUGCAGGCUCCCCUGACCUGCUGAGCGUGCUCGAGAACUGA